AUGGCAGAAGGCAGCAGCAGUAGUGAUGAUGAUCAGUGUUCUUCUGGAAUGAGCUUUUGUGAUAUUUGUAUCGAAUCUAAAGCAAAGAGUGAGACAAGGCACAGUACUAGCAAAUGUUCACACAUUUACUGUUCUGUAUGCAUCACCAAACAAAUCACAGCUAAGAUACAAGAAAACAUCAGCAUGAUUACAUGCCCAGAUUCCACCUGCAACGAGACAUUAGAACCUCAUUUAUGCAGAGAUAGCAUAUCAGGUCAGGUGUUAGAUCGCUGGGAAAACGCAUUAUGCGAGUCUUCAGUUCUCGCUUCGCAGAAAAUUUACUGCCCAUUCAAGGACUGUUCAGUGAUGCUGGUGAACGAGGAUGAUGGGGUGAUCAUAAGGUCGUCAGAGUGUCCUUACUGCAAUAGGCUGUUCUGCGCACAGUGUGAGAUCCCAUGGCAUUCUGAAUUGACAUGUGACGACUUUCAGGAGAUAAAAAGAGGAGCAAAAGAAGACAUGUUGUUGAUUAACCUAGCUAAGUAUCAAAAGUGGACAAGAUGUCCAAGUUGCAGGUUUUACGUUGAAAAGGUGGAUGGUGUGCAUAUCAAUUUUGCUAUAAAUGUGGAAACUCGUGGACUAGUUGUACCGGGGGCUGUUAGAGAGUCCGAGGUUGCAAUGUCGACUAAGGGUAUAUUAACGGGUAUUAUGUAA